CUGAACGCUGACUUGCUGUUGCUAAGCGGUUGCCAAGAGAGAUCAAGACGCGUCGGAGUGAAGCACUCUGGGAAGUGUAACGUUUUCGACAUACAAAUAUGAAGCGUGUUUUCACGCUGUCAGAAAAGUCCUGGACUGGAUCAUGUUUGCAAUACAAAUGGCAGAAAACAGUAGGGAACUAUCUUGCAGUUGCAGGCCCUGACAAUUUUGUAAAAAUAUUUGAUCGGCAUGGACAGAAGGUGAAUGAAUUGAAUCUCCCUGGGAUUUGCGUAUCUCUUGACUGGGAUAAAGAUGGCGAUAUCUUAGCUGUGAUUGCUGAAAAGUCCAGUUCCAUUUACUUGUGGGAUGCAAAUGUUAACAAAACCUCACAGCUGGAUAGUGGCAUGAGAGAUCAGAUGUCAUUUCUGCUGUGGUCUAAAACCGGGCCACUAUUGGCUGUUGGCACAUCUAAAGGAAACCUGCUCAUUUACAACCAGCAAACCUCACGCAAGAUUCCUGUUCUGGGUAAGCACACAAAGAAAAUCACAUGUGGCUGUUGGAGCUCUCAGAAUCUCCUGGCACUAGGCAGUGAAGACCGCAGCAUAACAAUCAGCAACCAUGAGGGAGACACCAUUCGACAGACCUCUGUGAGAGCAGAUCCUGCAGAUGUUCAGUUCUCAGUGAUGAAAACAGAUGAGCGAUCAUCUCCAGGGGAAAGCACUGUUAGUGUUGCUUUGGGAAAGAAGACCCUGUUUCUGUUUAAUCUAAAUGACCCCGAUAACCCUAUAGAACUGGCCUUUCAGCAGCGUUACGGCAACAUCAUCUCCUACCGCUGGUAUGGCGAUGGCUAUAUCAUGAUUGGAUUUUCACAUGGCUACUUUGUAGUCAUUUCCACACAUAUCCGUGAGAUUGGCCAAGAGCUGUUUCAAGCCCACAAUCAUAAAGACAGCCUGACUAGCAUCGCCAUCUCACAGUCCCUAAACAAGGCUGCGUCCUGUGGGGACAACUGUAUUAAGAUACAUGACUUGACUGAUCUGAAGGAAAUGUAUGCUAUUGUCACUCUGGAUGAAGAGACUAAAGGCCUUGAUCAGAUGUGUUGGACUGAUGAUGGGCAGCUGUUAGCUGUAUCUUCUCAACAGGGAACUUUGCAUGUGUUCCUCACCAAGCUGCCCAUAUUGGGAGACAGCAGCAGCACUAGAAUCGCCUAUCUUACAUCCCUGUUGGAAGUCACAGUCGCCAACCAGGUGGAAGGGGAGUCUCCUGUUGCUGUUGCAGUAGAGGUUGAGCCUAAUUUUAUAGCUGUAGGACCAUAUCAUGUUGCUGUGGGCAUGAAUAACAGAGCGUGGUUUUAUGCAUUAGGAGAGAAUGGCGUGGAGCGUGUAAAAGACACUGAGUAUUUAGGGACAGUGGCCAGUAUGUGUCUGAACUGUGACUAUGCUGCUGCCUUGUUUGAGGGGAAAGUCCAGCUGCAUGUGAUUGACGGAGAUGAGCAGGUUGUUCAGGAGGACAGACAAACGAAACUGUUUCCAGAACCUGACCAGAAAUACCGCAUCCUCAGCCAUGCUCUCACCUCUGAGUUUCUGUAUUACGGGACGGACACCGGCUUGAUUCAAUGUUUUUAUUUUGAAGACUGGCAGAGUGUGAAUGAGUAUCGCCAUUCAGUGGGUGUACGCAAAGUCUUUCCAGACCCCAAUGGAACACGUCUCGUUUUUAUUGAUGAAAAAAGUGACGGCUUCCUUUACUGUCCGGUAAACGAUUCAGUGUUUGAGAUCCCAGACUUCUCUCCUGCCAUUAAAGGGGUAUUGUGGGAAAACUGGAUCAGCAAUAAGGGUGUGUUUGUGGCGUAUGAGGAGGACAAAGUCUACACUUAUGCCUUCCACAAAGACACCAUACAGGGCUCUAAAGUGAUUCUAGUUGGUGCCACCAAAUUGCCGUUUUCCCAUAAGCCCUUGCUGUUGCAUAAUGGGGAGCUGACAUGUCAGACCCAGAGUGGGAAGAUUAAUAGUGUGGUUCUGAACACACAUUCAUUCCUCAACAACCCACACAGUGACACCAGUAAAGACAAGCUCCAGUCGUUACUGCAGCAAGCCAUUAUGCUGAAAAGGUUUUCUGAUGCGUGGAAUAUCUGUAAAGCUCUGAACAGAACUGAAGCGUGGGGUGAGCUGGGAAGGGCAUGUCUUCAUCACAUGGAGGUGGAAUUGGCCAUCAGAGUAUACCGCAUGAUGGGAAACGUCGGCAUGGUCAUGUCCCUAGAGGAUAUCAAGGGAAUAGAAGAUCAGAAUUUGUUGGCUGGUCAUUUGGCCAUGUUCUGUAAUGAUUACAACCGAGCACAGGACCUGUAUCUGACUUCUUCGUAUCCUAUGGCAGCUCUGGAGAUGAGAAGGGACCUGCAGCAUUGGGACAGUGCGCUACAGCUGGCUAAAAGACUGGACCCGGAUGAGAUCCCAUUUAUUUCUAAAGAAUAUGCCAUACAGCUGGAAUUUGUUGGAGAUUAUACGAAUGCACUGGCUCACUAUGAGAAAGGCAUAACAGGAAACAACAAGUUCCAGGAUCAUGAUGAGAGCUGUCUGGCAGGAGUGGCUCGUAUGUCUAUUCGUAUGGGUGACAUUCGUAGAGGAGCCAACCAGGCUAUCAAACACCCCAGCAGAGCUCUGAAGAAAGACUGUGGAGCAAUUCUGGAAAGCAUGAAGCAAUAUUCAGAAGCGGCUCAGCUGUAUGAGAAAGGCCAGUAUUAUGACAAAGCUGCGUCUGUCUACAUACGCUGCAAAAACUGGGCAAAGGUGGGCGAGCUCCUGCCUCAUGUGACGUCCCCAAAGAUUCACCUUCAGUACGCUAAGGCAAAAGAGGUGGAUGGCAAAUAUAAAGAGGCAGCAAUGGCCUAUGAAAGUGCACGAGACUGGGACAAUGUAAUUCGAAUCCUACUGGAGCAUCUUAACAACCCUGAGGAGGCCGUCCGCAUCGUACGAGAAACUCAGUCCAUCGAAGGAGCCAAAAUGGUGGCCAGGUUUUUCCUGCGUUUGAGUGAUUACGGAUCAGCGAUCCAGUUCCUGGUUUUGUCACGUUGCAGUGAUGAAGCUUUUCAGCUCGCUCAGCAGCAUGGGCAGAUGGAGGUCUACGCUGACAUCAUUGGUUCAGAGGCUACAAUAGAGGACUAUCAGAGCAUAGCGCUGUAUUUUGAGGGGGAGAAGAAUCAUCUUCAGGCUGGGAAGUUCUUUCAGAAGUGUGGACAGUACAGCAGGGCGCUGAAGCACUUUUUGAAAUGUCCUAGCUCUGAUGACAGUUUGGCCAUAGAGAUGGCCAUUGAGACAGUAGGGGAAGCCAAGGAUGAAUCUCUAACAAAUCAGCUUAUUGAUUACCUGAUGGGCGAAAGUGAUGGAAUGCCAAAGGAUGCAAAAUAUCUGUUCCGGUUGUACAUGGCUCUCAAACAGUACAGAGAGGCAGCAAGAACUGCUAUUAUUAUCGCCAGAGAGGAGCAGUCUGCAGGAAACUACAGAAAUGCCCAUGAUGUUUUGUUUAGCAUGUACGCUGAGCUUCAGACACAGCACAUUAAAAUCCCAGCAGAGAUGGCCACAAACCUGAUGAUUCUGCACAGCUACAUACUAGUGAAGAUUCAUGUUAAAAGAGGAGAUCAUUUAAAGGGGGCACGCAUGCUUAUCCGUGUGUCCAACAACAUCAGCAAAUUCCCAUCCCACAUUGUCCCCAUCCUCACAUCAGCGGUUAUUGAAUGUCAUCGUGCUGGACUAAGGAACUCUGCCUUCAGUUUUGCCUCUAUGCUGAUGAGACCAGAGUAUCGUAACAAGAUUGAUCUCAAAUACAAGAAGAAGAUAGAGGCCAUGGUCCGUCGCCCAGAUACUUCAGAGUUGGAGGAGGAGAGCUCGCCCUGUCCCUACUGCGGCUUCAGCCUGCCUGACUGUGAGCUGCUGUGUCCCGGCUGCAAAAAUAAUCUGCCCUACUGUGUCGCCACAGGUCGUCACUUGGUCAAGGAGGAUUGGUGUGUCUGCCCACACUGUGAUUUCCCUGCUCUCUAUUCGCAGUUCACCCAGCUCUUAGAGACCGAGUCAGUUUGCCCCAUGUGCUCUGAGACUUUAAAUGUCAGUGAGGUGAAAAAAGUUUCGGACUGCUCCAGAUAUCUGCAGCAGGAUCAAUUGGAGCGCUGAGAUCCCGAGAGCAAGAAAAGAGAAAUGAAAGGAUUUUUCCUGUUUACAGAAGCCAGGACUGAUACUCUUUUAUCGAAAAUACAAAACUAUUUUUAUUUAUUUAUCAAGAUUGUAGCAAUUUGCAAUCAUGGUAUAUUCAUUUUAAAAUACAGAAUAAAAAAAGAAAAUAAAUAUGUUUUUUGUAUAUUGUAAGUGUUUAUACAUGUUUGUACUCAAAAGUUUUUGAACAGUAAGAUCACCAAGCCUGCAUUUAUUUGAUCCAGAAUACAGCAAAAGGAGUAAUAUUGUUGCUAUAUUAUUACUAUUUAAAUUAACUGUUUUCUAUUUGAAUAUAUUUUAAAAUAUAAUUUAUUCCUGUGAUUAAAGCUACAUUUUCAGCAUCAUUACUCCAGUCUUCAGUGUCACAUGAUCCUUCGGAAAUCAUUCUAAUAUGCUGAUUUGCUUUUCAAGAAACAUUUAUUAUUAAUAGUAGUAUUAUUCUCAAUAUUUAAAACAGUUUAGUACAUUUUUUCAGGAUUCUUUGAUGAAUAGAAAGAUCCAUAGAUCAGCAUUUAUCUGAAAUAAAAAGCUUAUAUAUCUUUACACACUAUACCGUUCAAAAGCUCAGUAUAAUUUUUUUAUUUUUGUCUUUAGGGAAAGAAAUACUUUAUUUAGCAAGGAUGCUUUAAAUUGAUCAAAAGUGAUGAUAAAGACAUUUAUAAUGUACAAAAGAUUUAUAUUUCAGAUAAAUGCUGUUCUUCUGAACUUUCUAUUCAUUCAGAAACCUGAAAUAAUUCUGCUCAGCUGUUUUCAACUUAAUAAUAAUAAUAAUAAUAAAUGUUUUUUGAGCAGCAAAUCAGAAUAUUACAGUGAUUUCUGAAGGAUCAUAUGACUGGAGUAAUGAUGCUAAAAAUUCAGAUUUGAAAUCACAGGAAUAAAUUACAUUUUAAAAUACAUUCAAAUAGAAAACUUUCGUCUUGCUGUACUUUGGAUCAAAUAAAUGCAGACUUGAUAAGCAGAAGAAACUUCUUUAAAAACAUUAAAAAUCUUACUGUUCAAAAACUUUUGACUGGUGGUGUAUAGUUACUCAUAGCUGUAUUUCUAGUCUUUUAUAGAUAAAGUGUAUGCUUUCAGGUGCAACUAGCACAUUUUUAAUAAUAAAAACAUGAAAUUCUCCCAAACCCUUGCCAUUGGUCAAACAAGCAGAUAGUCCCGCCCCAAACUCAUUGGUCAAGUCGAUGUUGCUAUGUCGGGCGACUCAAACUCACAAAGCAAUGUUGAACACACUGUAUCCACAGCAUUUGUACUUUUGGGGAUAAUCAAACUAUGAAUAUUGUCUCUGCACAUUAAACUGAUAAAGUAGAAAAUUAGACAUUAGCUUUAGUUUGAGUGGUUUGUACUGCUGUUUUAUUGCUUGGCCACAAGAGUUCAGCACUGCAGUGUGAGCUAACGAAAAGAGAAAGACAGUUAAUCUUACCACCCAAGUGCUGACUUUUAUGUUGAGCUGGACUGUCCGUUCACCUUACAUGUGGCCUUAAAUUGUUUUUACAGAUUUAAAGUUGGUGGCUCUGUCUUUUAAAGUUUAGCUUCACCUCACUGCUUUUGACAUUCAGUCCCAGUGCAUUUUGAAUAUGUUUUUAUGUGUUAAAAUGAUGUAAUUGUGAAACCUGAUUUAUUUGCUGGUUUAUCUGUACUUAAAGUUUGUGCUUUAAAGGAAUAGUUCAUCAUUAAUUAUUCACCUUUAAUGCUGUUUCAAAACUAUUAUGACUUCCUUUCUUCUGUGUGACACAAGAAUGUUGGUAACCAAACAGUUUUGGUGACCACUGACUUCAGUUUUAUAGACAAAAAUGUUCUGCAGAACAAAGAAAAUCCAUACAGGUUUGAAUUAUUGGUCCUUACGUUUAUAUCCUAGUUGUCCCUGUGUUAUUAGAGUGACAGAUUUUUCUACGAAUGUAUUUUUGAAUACAUCAGGUGAAAGCAAUAAAUCAGGCCAACACUCUUAAGAUACAAAUGU